AUGCAAAUCUUCGUAAAGACCCUCACCGGAAAGACCAUCACCCUCGAGGUGGAGUCUUCUGACACCAUCGACAAUGUCAAGUCGAAAAUUCAAGACAAGGAGGGCAUCCCGCCCGACCAGCAGCGCUUGAUCUUUGCUGGUAAACAGCUCGAAGAUGGCCGCACCCUGGCCGACUACAACAUCCAGAAGGAAUCCACCCUUCAUCUGGUUCUUCGCCUGCGUGGCGGUAUGCAGAUCUUCGUCAAGACCCUCACUGGGAAGACCAUCACCCUGGAGGUGGAGUCUUCCGACACCAUCGACAAUGUCAAGGCGAAAAUCCAAGACAAGGAGGGCAUCCCGCCCGACCAGCAACGCUUGAUCUUUGCUGGCAAACAACUCGAAGACGGCCGCACCCUGGCCGACUACAACAUCCAGAAGGAAUCCACCCUCCAUCUCGUUCUGCGCCUGCGCGGCGGCAUGCAAAUCUUUGUCAAGACACUGACGGGAAAAACAAUCACGCUGGAAGUUGAGUCGUCAGACACCAUUGACAACGUCAAGUCGAAGAUUCAAGACAAGGAAGGGAUUCCCCCCGACCAGCAGCGACUUAUCUUUGCCGGCAAGCAGCUCGAGGACGGACGAACAUUGGCCGACUACAACAUCCAGAAGGAGUCCACCCUGCACCUGGUGCUGCGUCUCCGCGGCGGCAUGCAGAUUUUCGUCAAGACGCUGACCGGGAAGACCAUCACGCUCGAGGUGGAGUCGUCUGAUACCAUUGAUAAUGUGAAGUCGAAAAUUCAAGACAAGGAGGGCAUUCCUCCUGAUCAGCAGCGACUCAUCUUUGCUGGUAAGCAGCUUGAGGAUGGGAGAACCCUAGCCGACUACAACAUUCAAAAGGAGUCGACGUUGCACCUGGUGCUCCGCCUGCGUGGUGGCCAAUAA